CCUAUCUUCCUCCUCUCCGACUUUGCACACGCGCGCAGCCUCCUCCUCCUCCUCCUCCCAUCAAUGGCGCGCCUCCACCACCUUCUCUCCCGCGCGCUCGCCUCCAACCACCUCCUCCGCCCUUCUCCGCCCCCUUUUUCAGCGCGCCCGACCCUCCCGCUUCACUCGCAGCCGCCGCCGCCGCCUCCGCCUCCUCAUCCCCACGGUCGCAGCCCACCCCAUUUCCUCGCCGCCGCCUCGCGGCACUACGCGUCAUCCAUGUCCAGACCACGGCGGCGCGGUUCGGCGCGGCCGAUGUAUCCGAGGCGGAGGAGAGCCAGGCGGAAGGGCCCCGCCGAGCUCAGCGUGCAGAUUGGCAUCGAAGAAGCCCUCCCCGACGACCCCCUCAUCCUGAGUAUUGCAGAAACGCUUCGAACGGAUGCUGGGAAGGCGAUGAAGCUGGCAUUCCACAAUUUGGGGAACUCGGAGUACAAGACCAGAGACCCCUGUAUAAGCAAUGUGGAUGAGUACGACAGCGUUGAGGUGUCUCUGCUGCUUUGUGAUGACGAUUUUAUCAGGAAGCUGAACAAGGAAUGGAGGGAUGAAGACCACGCGACAGACGUUCUGUCAAUGUCGCAGCAUAUCCCGGGGCUCCAAAUUCCCGUUCUGCAACUAGGUGACUUGGUAAUUUCUGUUGACACAGCCCGACGGCAAGCGGAAGAAAGAGGCCAUACACUUCUUGAUGAGAUAAGAAUUCUCAUGGUUCAUGGAUUGUUGCAUUUAUUGGGCUUUGAUCAUGAACUCAGCAAGGAGGCUGAAGAAGAGAUGGAGCAGGAAGAAGAACAAAUAUUAAAUACUCUUGAAUGGAUAGGAAAAGGACUCAUUAGGAGUGCGUAUCAUUUCAGUACUGAUAUGGAUCAUUCAGAAAAUUCUGAUGAGGCCAAUAGAGAUAUAGAGAAAAGGAGUUUACGGGAGGGUCAUCAGCCGAAACUGACCCAUAUAGUAUGUGAUAUAGAUGGUACUGUUGUGGAUUAUGAAGGACACCUGCAUUCAGAGUCAAUAGAAUCUUUGAGAGAGGCAGUAUCACAGGGAGUAACUGUUAUCAUGCUUACUGGCAAGACCCGUGCUUCCACCAUAGCAACCUUCAAGCUUCUUAAUAUGGAAGGAAGAGGUGAUUUUAUAUCGGAGAAUUCACCUGGUGUAUUUCUACAGGGUUCACUUGUAUAUGGGGAGCAUGGCCAACUUAUUUAUAGAGCAAACUUGGAUGUGGAUAUAUGCAAGGAGGCAUGUUUGUACUCCUUGAAGCAUAAAAUUCCUCUUGUUGCAUACUGUGAGGAACAAUGUUUGACCUUGUUUGAACAUCCUUCUGUCGACUUGUUGCACACUGUGCACCAUGAGACCAAGGUAAAAGUGAUGCCUUCAGUUGUGGAUCUCUUGGAAUAUUCAUCGAUUCAGAAGUUGCUUUUCCUUGGCAACACGGAUGAAGAUUUUUCUGUCCUCACACAGCAUUGGUCGGAACUAACAGAAGGGAAAGCAUGUGUUAUCAAAGAGCAGCCAAAUGCAAUUGAGAUUGUUCCCCUUAAUUCUUCAAAAGGCGGUGGUAUAAUGGUUCUACUUGAUCAUCUCGGAUUAACUGAAGAUUCUGAUCUUGAGGCGGUUGGAGACUAUACCAGAUGGCUAAGCAACAAGUGAUCCAACUGACAUGACAAAGCAUUCUUUAGCAAGAGAGUGCUGAUUGAGAGCUUCAGAUAUUCUAGGAAAUGUCAUAUAUGGAAUGUACAAAAGACAAGGUAUUCUUGUCUGGGAACUAUGGAGAGUCGCAAGUUUGUGAUACUAUCCUUUAGGGCUGGCUACCAAAACGGUUUGUGCAUUGUGCAUGUUGGAAAAGGGAUGUGGGUGUUGAAGUGGCAAAUUUGAUCUCCUUCAGAUGGUCCUUCAUGGAGGUGAACAGAAAAGAAAACUAGACGAGCUUGUUUAGACAAACACCAAGUGAAAUCACAUGUUUCGACUUGUGAUAACCUAAUAGAAAUAUUCUUGUGGCCCUUGACUGCUUUAUUUGCGAAUGUUGUGGCCCUUGACUCUGAUGAACAUGUUACCGUAAUCAUUCAUGGCAAUACUGAUUUUCCACAGAAUACUUGUACAGUUGCUUUCAGGAACAUUUCUUAUCGUUCCUUAAUAAAUGGUUUCCCUAA